CAUAACAGCAUCGUUGGUAUUCGCCGCCGUGGCUCUAAUAACUUGGUUGUUGUGGCCUCUUACUCGGCGGCCGCGGCGGCAUUAUUGUCUCCCGGCAGUCACUGGGGAGGUCGACAUGAUUCAUUUGAGCACCACUGAAUUCAAGAAUGGAGGCCGCCACUUAAUGGUCUGGUGGCGGGGGGCGGGGCGGGGGCCGAGGGGCGGGGCGAGCGCCGGGCCGGCCCCAAUGGGCGGCGGCCCGCGGUCGAGGGCAGGCUGUGGGCGGAGCCUCGGCGGGCGACAUUUAGAGAGGUGAGUGUGUGGGCCAAGCAUCAGUCUGCCAGUGACAGGUGAGCUCUCGCACAACUCGCCAUGAUUCACGCCACGGGUAUCCCCUUCUUCAACCCGCUGCUCAGCAUGGGCGGCAUGCCCUUCCCCUGGGCACUCCCGACGCAGGGGUCGCCGCCUAGCUCGCCGCCCUCCUCGCCUCUCUCCGGCACCAGUGUGUGGCACAGACCGCAGCCCGCCCGCGCUGCCUCCUUUACCAUCGACGCCAUCCUCGGCCGCCGCCAGCAGGAGGCAGAGCAGGCGGCGGGGCGCUCCCUCACCCUGCGGCGCGAGGAGCGACAGACCCGCCCAGCGCCCUACCCUGCGGUGGGCGGCGAGCAGCAGACGGUGAACAGCGGUGGGCACGGCGGCGGCAGCCAGGGUGCCUCGGCCAAGGCCAAGGUGAAGCGCGUCAGGACAAUCUUCACGGCGGAGCAGCUGGAGCGGCUGGAGGCAGAGUUCGCCCGCCAGCAGUACAUGGUGGGCCCUGAGCGGCUGUACCUGGCGGCGGCCCUCAGCCUCACCGAGGCCCAGGUCAAGGUGUGGUUCCAGAACAGACGCAUCAAGUGGCGCAAGCAGUACAUGGAGCAGCAGCACGCCAAGCUGGCCGGCUCCCACGACACCGCCGCUGACGACUCCCUCUCCCCGACGGACGGCACCUCGUCGCCGCCCCCUGAAGUGCCCGCCUCACCCGCCUCCCCCGCCAGCCCUGGAGACGCCGCCGAGGACCACCUAGAGUCCCAGCAGCAGCAACACCACCAACCACAGGCACAGCAGCAGCAGCAACAGACGGAGCGACAGAACAACACGAUGGCGCCGCUGGCCGCCGCGCCCUCUUACCCAAGUUACCUCGCGGCAACCCUAUCGGCGGCGUACGCGGAGCAGCAGAGCGAACCUGCCGAUCUGACCACCUGCGGGGCCCGAGCCAAGUGAAGCGAGGCGCGGGCCGCCCCUGCAUCCUGACUGUGAGAGUGUUGGCGUGUGCCGCGCCCUGCCCGACAAGCGGCGCUGACAGCAGUGGUUCCGGCGGCGGCGGCGGCGACAACGGAAGUCUUCCUUCAGUCCGCGCCCCGCCACCACCAUGAAGGUGACCCUUGAACUCUGAGUGCUGGUGACCCGCCAAGGAGACAACCUGGCGGUCCUGCGUCUGGCGGCCUGCCUCACCGUGUACAUAUAUGUAUGUAUCGCUGCCGGUGUGUGCGUGUGUGUGUGUGUGUGUGUGUGUGUGUGAGGGUAGCUCCCUGUUCCCGCGUCCCUCUACGAUAGAAGGUUAUCUAGUCUUUGUAAUAAAAAUAUGAAGAUAACAA